GCUCAAGAAAACAAGUUCAAAACAGCUUUGUCUCCUCGUCAUAUCAUUUCGCAACAACCUUUAGCCGUGAUAUUUAAAUAACCACAGAAAAGCUGUCAAAAAAGCUGUUGGUUUUUGAUAAAAUGGGAGAGAAUAUUGAUGAAGUUAAAGAGAAGACAAUGCCGAAUCGUCCCGUUUUGGGAAGACGAGUAACAUGUCAGUAUUACAGCCCGGCGCUUGUCCUAUCAAGCAACGAUGAAAAACGUUUGCAGGUUGUACUCGAGUUGUUUCAGACAGAGGAAAAGUAUAGCUGUUGCCUUCACACGUUAAAAACAGUAUUUGAAGACAAGCUUAAAUCAAGUAACAUUAUUCCAGUAAAAGAUAUCGAAUCGAUAUUUCCUACUGAUUUGAAAGAAAUUCGAGAUGUUCACGACCGGUUGUGUGGAAUAUUGAAAGCUAGAAUACAACAGUGGAAUUACAGAAGUAAAGUUGGGGAUGUGUUUGUCGAGUUCUUCUCUGACAAAAAUCAGUUUGAUGUCAUUGGUCACUACUCGUCUUAUUCCAACAAUUUUCCAAAAGCCAUUCGUACAAUUAGCAGAUGUGUACGACAGUCAGUUGAAUUCGAAGCUUUCUUGAAGAACUGUUCAAAUGGACCAUCCCUGAAGGGACUAGAUCUACAUGCCUUGUUAUUAAACCCCAUACAAAGACUACCCAGAUAUCUACUACUACUUAAGCAACUGAUUCGAUUCACGGAUUUAAACCAUCCCGAUCGAUCACACGUAGAACAAGCGAUGCUAGCAAUGUCACAAACGGUUACAGUGUUAAAUAAUUCAAUCGAAAGCUCUCUUAAAGUUGCCUGUGAAUAUACAACAAGAAAGAGACUCACACGAAGACGUUUGCCCAUUCACCAGCGAGAAGCCAUCAAGGUUCUCAACAGGAACACAGAUCAACUUGUGAUAACAAGAGAAAUCAAACCAAAACAAGAGGAAAGUAGCAGCUCCACAGGACAGUCAAGGCCAGCGUCAAUCUGCUCCUCCGUGUCCUCGGGUUACGCCAGCGGAGAGGAGAAUGAUAACGUGACGUCACCUGCGCAUGCGUGCACUUGUCCUUGUAAUGGACCGACAUGCUCUGCGAAGCAGCAAGACUUUUCUCGUAUUGUGAAAGAAUUACGUCAUGAAUCUGCUCUUGAGCAACUCGCCAAACAAAACUUUGAUUUUUCUGUCUCGGUUAUAUCACCGACACUUCAAAGACUGCACGAGUUUAAACGCCAGAAGGCAAUACCUGAAAGUACAGAGAAACCAGUAGACAAUGUUUCUGACAGUUCUGACUGUCAUACAGCUGAAAGUAUCAGUAAUAAGGUAAACGACAAUGAAGAAAGGACGAAUGAACAGCACGUUUCAGAGAGUAUUGGCAAUAAUAUUGACCAAACAAUGGACAAUUUUAUCGAGGAUUUCUCAACUUCUUUAAACAAAAUCGAAUAUCUACACCACAUGAAGUUAUUAUCACCAGAACAACCUGGGCUUAGCGACCACGACUCUUACGGGUCCGAGAGAGACUUGGGCUACCUCUCUCCAUUAAAUGAAAAUAUACUAACAAGUCAAAGCUCGUCGAAUUUAAAGCGUUUUCAGAGAAAUAGGAGAUCGUGGGCUCCACAAAGCUCAUUUUCAAAGCAGUUUUGUGAUGGUGUACUACCUUCCCAAUCGGUAAUUGCUGGUAGCCUUCACAACGUUGCUGUCGAAGAUGACAAUGUCAGUAUCUGGUCCGGUUUGUCGACAUUGUCGGGAGAUUCUGCCACUUCAGGUGUGUCUGCGAUGUCUGUACCUGUAGAUGGUAAACAUGCUUCCAAGAGAAGAUAUUUCAGACUCAAAGAAUUCUUUAAGCAACUCAGAGGAAAAGAACGAAGAUCUCAAUCGUUGAUCCAGAAAAGCACAAUGCCUACCAUACCCCAGGAAGACAGGACAUUGGUGUCACCUCGAAUGAUGAUUUCAUCCGUCUAAUAUACGUACUUAUGGUAGCUGGAACUUAUUCAACGUGUUAUGACGAACUCAGCAAGAACUAAAAUAUUUAAACUGUUUCUUUUGAUUUUAUUGGAAAAUGACGAAAUUAUGUAUAUACCGUUUGGUAACAGUUUCUAUUUUAAAUGAAUAACAACCAUGAUGAACGUGUAUAUUCGUACAUUCAAAGAACAAUCAAAAUACAAUGGUGUAGAUCCAGUGA